CUUGCCUGCUUUAUAAACAUGAAACCCAUCCAGAGAUUUUACAAGGGACCAAUCUCCACUUUUCUGGUAUAAAUUAUGGACCCACAUCCCAAACCAGAGCCCUGUCCCCAAACCAAACACAUUAGGCUACUGGUGCCACCUUGUGGUGGAUGUUGGGUAGGCCUAGGCUUUUCAAAAGUGUGUUUGUCCAGCUGUUGUAACAUUGUAAUAUAACAUGCAUUAGUAGUUAAAGAAACAUUUGCUAAAUGCGAUGCAGUUGGCCUUAAAUUUAAAAAAUAAAAUCCUGAACUCUCGGGUUCCAGGCCAACUCAUUUUGUAGCCUACACUGGUGUUCUUACCCAGAUACGACUGCAUGUCCCAUCAUGCCCUCCUACAACGUUACCAUAGUAGCAAAGUGAGCUUGCUGCUCUGCUGUGUGUUCACACACAGCCAUGGCUAGCAGUCCGCAUCGAGUGUUUGCGGCUCUUCUCCCAGUAUCAUCUGAUUCCUUUGGUGAUGAAAACUUGGUCGGUCGAGCAGGGAAACAGACCGCAGCAGACCUGCAAGUACCUCCAAGAGAAGUACAGGUUACGGGAAAUGCCGAGUUGUCCAGUCCGCCCGACAGGGCUGCCGUUUCUAUCAGUGUUAGCAGCAGCAAAGACUGCGUAAAUGAUGUGAAGAACAGUGUCUCGAGACGCGUGGAAUACAUUCUUCAAACUCUACGGCAGCACGACGUGAAGGAGGUAGACACGGUCGUAACGAAAGACAUGCAAAGAUUGGAUGACCUUUACAUCAUGGAGGCUGAUGUACGAGUGGUGUUCUCAGAUUUCGACAAGAUGCAGAGAGUGCGAGCUGUGUUGUUGGAGAAGUUGGACAAAAGUGUGUGUGUAGGGGCUCCACAGUUCACCCACAGCCCAGAGUGUCUCAGUAUAAUGAGGCGCCGUGUGUGCGUGGCGGCGGUGGAGAACGCGCGGCUGAAGGCCAGCGAGGUGUGCGGCUCUCUGGGCCAGGCCCUGGGACGGCCCCUGCUGGUGCGUGAGGAGGAGUGCCGGGAGUGGAGCGGCGGAGGAGGGGACGCGGCACCCACGUUACAUCAGAGGACGGGACUCGUCACCCUCACGGUGUCCGCGCGCGUGUUUGUGACCUUUGAACUGCGACCCAAAGACAGAUGCAGGAAGAAGCUAUAGGGAGCUACGUAUAAGGGGUGCAAGUCAUUUCUCCAAACUCGCGUUAUUUCCUCUCCUGUCCUUUUUUAGGUAUGUGGGUAAAGUCCAUUUUACAGUAUACUGGAUAUCUAUCUAACAUUUAAAACACAAAUGUGAUCCAUCUGGAAAAUAACACUGGCUGUCAGACCCAUUUUGAAACAUAAGCCUUGUAGCAGAUGAGGAAAUUUGCCUAAGUUAAUUUCUUUUCCAGAUACUUUACCCAACUCCACAACAAGGACAGAGGAAAGAGCGCCAUUUUAGAGAACUAACUUGCACCCACGGUGAUUGUUCGGAUGUAGGCAAUCACUUCUCUACUCAGGUGCUGAGCUGACCCUGGGCCUAGCCCAAGUGGGUGCUUCACCAUACCAAAAAAAAUCCUCUUUUUUUACCCAUGUGAAGGACUAAGCCCCACUCUUUGGAAAAUUCUUCGCAACACCAGCUUCUCCAGGUUAGUAAUGAUUGCUAUUGCGUAAAUGACGCAUCAUUCUCAGCGACUUCUGGUGUUGGUUGGAUGUGGAAAACUAGCCAUGUCUGUCAGUAGUAGCAAGUCAGGUUUAGUUGAUGGUGGAGGGAUUCAUAGCGGUAUUGUUUGGGAUCACAUAAGAAGACCAUCGGAAUAUGGAAUCAUGAAAUGAAUCCUAAAGGUAGAGGAUGCAAUUUUCGUCAUUUAGCGUCAAAAUAUAUGCUGCCUAUUCAUAAAUUUGAUCUUUUCGUGAAUAUUUACUCAGUUAUAAACUAACAUUUACUGGUCUGACCAUAGCACAGUAAGAUGUGUAGGCCAAGACGUCUAUAACUGGUAAUUAUGUAAUUAUUAUAUAAAUGGC